AUGCCUUAUGUCGAUUAUCCGGCCAAGUUCAAAUACAAGUUUGUUAGAGCUGCCAUCGAUGGCAUGACUUUAUCCGAAAUCAACACCGCUAUGGCCUCGACUGUCAGCAAAGACUCCCUUCGCCGAUGGACGAAUUUGUAUGAGACAACUCGCGCGGUUGUAUGUGAUCCUGCGACGUAUCAAACAAGAGGCCGGCCAUUUGAGUUGGAUGACGAAGAGCUAGAAUUCAUCAAAGAGAUGAUCACAGAAAAACCAACGGUAUAUCUGGAUGAAAUCCAGAGGGCUUUACUUAACGAGAAGGGAACAUCGGUCUCAUUAAAAACGAUUUCAACCACUCUCCAUCAGCGUUUGAAAAUGUCUAAAAAAACUAUCCGGACUGUAAAUCCUUGCCAAGAUUCCGAAGAGCGAGCUCUGAAAGAUUUUGGAAACUAA